UUGUCAUUUUCUGAUGUAAGUUUUAGAAUAGGCGAAAAAUUUGAGAAAAAGAAUGUCGAAGUUUCAGGCUUCCGAACAAGAAGAUGUUUCGAUUGGACAGGACAUUCAAAGGUAUCAACAACUUUUCACGGAACGGACCAGUCAAGUUAGUUUAUUUUGAGGUUUGGGGGGAAGGAACAAAACUAACAGGUGAGAUUCGAGCUUCAUUGAAAAAUAUUGGGUAAAGUUUUUAAUUCAUAAUUACUAUUGAGGAAAGUUGUUUAUAAAUUACUGUGUUUGAAUCAUGAAUUACACUUGAAGCUAUCGGAUCAGCUUCCAGAUUUUAUUAAAAAACAAACUAUGAAAUAUUUCACAGGUAGAUUUAUUUUUGGCAAAUAAUGAAUGGGACCCCAAAUGGGACCCCAAAUGACUGAAUGGGACCCCAUGCUGAAUGGGACCCCGGUGUUUAAAAAUCGUCGUGAUGAAUGGGACCCCAAAAUAAUAAAAUGGGACCACAGCAUUUUUUUGAAUUGUCUGAAUGGGACCCCGCAAAAAAAGGGACCCCGUUGAAUUUUUGUAUUAGUACGAAUGGGACCCCACUGAAAUUUUAUACUGAAAGGGAUACAAAAUUUGAAGCCUAAGCCUAGGCUAAAAAUCCUAACUAAGCCUAAGCGUAAAACCCUAACUAAGCAUAAGCCUAAAGGCCUAACUAACCGUAAGCCUAAAAUCCUAACUAAGCCUAAACCUGAAAUCCUAACAAAGACCUAAAACCCUGACUAAGCCUAAGCCUAAAGGCCUAACUAAGUCUAAGCCUGAAAUCCUAACUAAGCCUAAGCCUAUGCCUCACCCCAGUGCUGAGGAUACGUCUAAGUUUAAGAUUACCUGUGGUCCCAUUCUGAAGAAAUUUCAGUGGGGUCCCAUUCAUACUCAUACAAAAAUUCAACGGGGUCCCUUUUUUGCGGGGUCCCAUUCAGACAAUUCAAAAAAAUGCUGUGGUCCCAUUUUAUUAUUUUGGGGUCCCAUUCAUCACGACGAUUUUUAAACACCGGGGUCCCAUUCAGCAUGGGGUCCCAUUCAGUCAUUUGGGGUCCCAUUUGGGGUCCCAUUCAUUAUUUACCUUUAUUUUUUCAUAGUUUUAUUCACGCGAUUUCCAGUUCGUUUUGAAUUUAUUUAUUUUUUGUUUUAUAAUCUAUGUCUCAUUAAACUUCACAGUUUGUAUUCCGAGGCGUAACUUUUUUAAAAGAAAUAUUUUUUCUCACGUCAGUUUAGCUGCGAAAAAUAGGGUUUUCUUCAAAACUUCAAAAAUUUUCGGAAGCUAUGAGUUUCAAAAUGUUAACUUUCACUUUAAUCAAGAUGUUCGAAUCCAGAAUACCACGUAAGUAAUAAACUCUUCAAGAUCAACUUUUCCCAAACCUGACUCAUAAUUUUUCUACCCUUCAGUCAAGAGUAAACUUCCUCUUUCAAAAUAUAUUCUCCGCCUUCUCUCUGAUAAAAAACCAUAUAUAAACUCGAUGAAUGCACAAUUUCAUUAUCAGUUCACUUUUCUGAGAUUCUCAAAACUACUACAAUGUCUGAUAAUCAUUAUCAUCAUUGCGAAAAUGCAUAUAUUCCCUAUCCUCAAACAUAUGUCCAAAAUACUUGCCAGCCUGGAUUUAUGCAACAUCCAGCAGUUAUUCAACCUAUAAGUUAUGCUAACUCUUCACAUUCUGUUGUCAUUCGAGAACAAACACAUGUUCAUGUACCUCAAGUUUACGUAACUCCUAAUUAUGUCUAUCAAGAUCCACAUCAUCAUCAUCAUCAUUGUUAA